AUCUCUAGGAAAAACAUGAGAAGAGUUGAUAAGUGUCUUUCAACCGUGAAACUUUUUGGCAACAUGAUUUUUACGGUCUUGAUGCUCAUUUGCAUGGAACCAAACGAAGUUGAAGCUCAGGUGGAGCCACUUCCUCCUCCACAUAACGAAGUACAAGCUCUUCGUGAGAUAGCUGCAGAACUUGGAAAGAAGGAUUGGAAUUUCAGUGAGAACCCUUGCAACAAUAAGUCAAGCUCCUUUACAGAACCGCUGCCACCAAAUAUGCCACUGGCCAUUAACAGUACUGUCACCUGCAGUUGCUCCCCCAAUGGUGAAUGUCAUAUUGAUGCAAUCUAUCUUAUAGGGCAGGAUCUUGAUGGUGUUCUUCCACGCUCACUUGUCAAGCUACCAUAUAUUAAAACAAUACAACUCACUCUAAACUAUCUUAAGGGUACAAUACCGCGUGAAUGGGCUGCUCUGAAGUUGGAGAUUUUGUCUGUUUCUAUGAACCAGUUAUCAGGGCGAAUACCUGGCUAUUUGGGAAACAUUACCACCCUAAAAUAUUUGACCCUCGAGAACAACCUGUUUUCUGGAACUAUUCCUCCCCAGCUAGGGAAAUUGGUUAACCUGGAAAACCUUACUCUUAGUGCUAACUUUCUCACAGGAAAGUUUCCCUGGGGUCUUACUAAGCUUUCCAAUCUAAAAGAACUUAGGAUUAGCAGUAACAACUUCACUGGAAAAAUACCCAACAUUUUUCAAUAUUGGAAGCAACUUGAGAAACUUGAGAUUCAAGCUAGUGGCUUUGAAGGGCCAAUUCCUUCGAGCUUAUCUGUCUUGCUUAAUUUAACUGAACUAAGGAUCAGUGACUUACCUGGAGAGGGUUCAAAGUUUCCCAACUUAGAAAAUAUGAAAAAUCUGUACAGAUUGAUGUUGCGUAGCUGCAAUAUAUCUGGACCAAUCCCAGAUUAUCUUUGGGCAUUUUCACGAUUGCAAAUUUUAGAUCUCAGCUUCAACAAAUUGGAAGGUCACAUUUUCGGUUCUGAAAGCCUUACAAAAACGCAAUACAUGUAUAUGACAAGCAAUGCGCUUGCUGGACCCAUUCCAGACUGGGUUAAUGCCAGAGAUAGCCGCUUCCAGAUAGAUCUUUCGUAUAAUAAUUUGUCUGAAAGCUCUGAGACGGUUUGCCAGGAAAAUCUAAAUUUGUUCAAAAGCUUUUCAGAAAGCAAAAACUCAGGACUCGAUGACUGCCUCAAGAACUUUCCUUGUUCAAAAGAUUGGUAUUCAGUACAUAUAAAUUGUGGUGGAAGAGCAACAACUAUUAAUGGCAUCAACUAUGAAGCAGAUGAAGACUUAGGAGGUCCAGCAAAAUAUUUUCCACUCAAAGAGGCUUGGGAAACUAGUAGUACCGGGCUUUUCUGGGGCACCUCCGUUGGUUCAAGGGACUAUAUAGCACAAAACGUUUCCAUUCUCAGAACAAAAAACUCCGAAUUAUACACAAGAGCUCGCCUCUCUCCUCUUUCUCUCACGUAUUAUUUUCGUUGCUUAGCAAAUGGAAAUUAUACCGUCACGCUUCACUUUGUAGAGAUAGUUAUCAGAGACAAUAGAUCCUUUCGAAGUCUUGGAAGAAGGAUAUUUGAUGUUUAUGUCCAGGAGAAACUUGAACUGAAGGAUUUCAAUAUUAAACAAGAGGCAAAGGGUGUUGAUAAAGCAGUUAUUAGGACCUUUAAAACAGUUGUCAGGAACAAAACUUUAACGGUACGCUUUCAUUGGGCUGGAAAGGGGACAACUGCUACCCCAAGAAGAGGAACUUAUGGUCCUCUGAUAUCAGCUAUCUCAGUAGACUCUGAUUUUAAGCCUCCAGUUCUUAAUGGUGGGAACACGAAGAUGAAGUUUGAAGUGGGAGCUGUUGUUUCUGUCUCAUGCCUGAUUUUCAUAAUUUUAAGCAUUCUAUGGUGGAAAGGCUAUUUUUGGCAUAGGACAUUAAGGGAACAAGACCUGAAGGGGUUCGAUCUGCAGUCUGGUUUUUUUACCUUCAGACAGAUGAAAGCUGCUACUAACAACUUUGACGCUGCAAAUAAAAUUGGAGAAGGUGGUUUUGGAUCUGUCUACAAGGGUAUACUACUAGACGGUACCAUAAUUGCAAUUAAACAACUUUCUUCAAAAUCAAGGCAAGGAGAUCGUGAAUUUCUGAAUGAACUAGGCAUGAUUUCUGGAAUACAACACCCGAAUCUUGUCAGGUUGUAUGGAUGUUGCGUUGAGGGAGGUCAGUUGUUGUUGGUCUAUGAAUACAUGGAAAAUAAUAGCCUUGCACGUGCUUUAUUUGGUCCUAAAGAAAGCCAGUUGACAUUGGACUGGCCUAUUAGGCAGAAAAUUUGUCUUGGAAUAGCGAAAGGUCUGGCUUUCCUGCAUGAGGAGUCGAGUUUAAAAAUUGUUCAUAGAGACAUCAAAACUGCCAACGUGCUACUUGAUAAGGAACUUAAUGCGAAAAUUUCUGACUUUGGUUUGGCCAAGUUUGUUGAGGAGGAAAAUACCCAUAUUAGCACCAGAGCUGCUGGAACCAUGGGAUACAUGGCACCAGAAUAUGUUUUAUGGGGCUAUCUGACGUACAAAGCAGAUGUUUAUAGUUUUGGUAUUGUUGCAUUAGAAAUUGUUGCUGGAAAGAACAAUACGAAAUAUAGACCAGAGGAGGAUUUUGUAUGCCUUCAGGAUUGGGCUCUUGUUUUACAACAUAAGGGAAAUUUAAUGGAGUUGGUGGAUCCAAGGUUGGGGUCGGAGUUUAACGAGGAAGAGGCAAUUAGAAUGAUAAAAGUAGCUUUAUUGUGCACUAAUUCAUCACCUGCACUUAGACCAAUCAUGUCUGAGGUGGUAAACAUGCUUGAAGGUCGAACCCUUGUUCCUGAAUUAAUUAUGGACCCAAGUAUAUUCGGUGAUGAGUUGAGAAUUGGAGCCCUGAGGGACCAAUGCAACCGAAUGCAGACUGGGAAGGACGAUGAAACCAGCACGUUUAGACAUUCAUCAGAUUCAACAGCAUUGCUGGGCUCUUCCUUAACGUUUGUUCAAGAUGCAUCAAAUCAAUCAUAUAGGAGAAAAACAAAAAUGGGAAGCUUUGGUGGUGUUUCAAUGACUGUUUUCCACCUUAUGAUUCUUACAUUGGUUCUCAUGUGCUUCAGAACAAACAAUGUUGAAGCUCAAGUAGAGCCGCCUCUUCCUCCAGAUUCUGAAAUGGAAGCUCUUCAUGAGAUCGCGGCAGAACUUGGAAAGAAGGAUUGGAAUUUCACUGAGAACCCUUGCAACAAUAGGUCAAGCUGGUUUACACCACCGCCGCCGCCGAAUGUGGCAGGGGUAACAAAUAACAGUACUGUCACUUGCAAUUGUUCCUUCCCCAAUGGUGAAUGUCAUAUAGAUGGCAUCUAUCUUAGAGGGCAGGAUCUUAAUGGUGUUCUUCCACGCUCAUUGUCCAAGCUAUCAUACCUUAAAACAAUUGAUCUUAAUCGGAACUAUAUUAAUGGAACAAUACCCCGUGAAUGGGCUACUAUGGAGUUGGAACUUAUAUCUGUUUCUAUGAACCGCUUAUCAGGGCCAAUUCCAGGCUUUUUGGGAAACAUUACCACCCUUGUAUAUCUGAGCCUCGAGAACAACCAGUUUUCUGGAAGUAUUCCUCAUGAGCUGGGGAAAUUGGUUAACCUGGAAAAUCUCAUUCUUAGUGCUAACUUUCUCACUGGAGAGUUUCCGUUAGCACUUUCUAAUCUGUCCAAACUAACAGAACUUAGGAUUAGCAGUAACAACUUCACUGGACAGAUACCUGACAUUUUUCCAAGUUGGAAGCAACUUGAGAAAUUAGAGAUUCAAGCUGGUGGCUUUGAAGGGCCAAUCCCUCCCAGCUUAGCUGUCUUGAAUAAUUUAAAGGAACUAAGGAUCAGUGACUUACAUGGAGAGGGUUCAAAGUUUCCAAACUUACAAAACAUGACAAACAUGAACAGAUUGAUGUUACGGAGCUGCAAUAUAUCUGGAUCGAUCCCAAAAUACAUAUGGGAAUAUUCACAACUGCAGAUUUUAGAUCUCAGCUUCAACAGAUUGGAAGGGAAAAUUGCAGAUUCUAACAGCCUUGUAUCUACACAAUACAUGUACCUGACAGGUAAUUUGCUGACGGGGCCCAUUCCAGAAUGGCUGAACACAAGAGAUGGCCGCUAUCAGAUAGAUCUAUCUUACAAUAAUUUCUCCGAAAGCUCUGAGCAGGCUUCUUGUCGUGAAAAUCUAAAUUUGUUCAAAAGCUCUUCGGAAGGGAAAAACUUAGGACUCGAUAAGUGCCUGAAGAACUUCCCUUGUUCAAAAGAUUGGUAUUCAGUACAUAUAAAUUGUGGUGGAGGAGCAACAACCAUUGGAGACAUCAAUUAUGAAGAAGAUGAGGAUGCAGGUGGUCCAGCAAAAUAUUUUCCAAUCAAAGAGACUUGGGAAACUAGUAGCACUGGGCUUUUCUGGGAUACCUCCGUAUCGGCAAAGGACUAUAUAGCACAAAAUGUUUCCUUACUGAGAACAAACAACUCGAAUUUAUACACAACAGCACGCCUCUCUCCACUCUCUCUCACUUAUUUUGUUCGUUGCUUAGCAAAUGGAAAUUAUACAGUCACACUUCACUUUGCGGAGAUAGUUAACAGACAAAAUAGUUCGUUUCGGAGUCUUGGAAGACGGAUAUUUGAUGUUUAUGUUCAGGAGAAACGUGAAUUGCAGGAUUUCAAUAUUGAAAAUGAGGCCAAAGGUGUUGAUAAGGAAGUUAUAAGGAGAAUUAAAACAGUUGUUAGGGACAAAACUUUGGCAAUACGCUUUCACUGGGCUGGGAAGGGUACAACUGGAAUUCCGAAAAGGGGAACAUAUGGCCCACUGAUUUCAGCUAUCUCAGUAGACUCUGAUUUUAAGCCACCAGUUGCAAAUGAUUGGAAGAGGAAGAUGAAGUUUGUGGUUGCAGCUGCAGUUUCUGUUCCAUGCCUCCUUUUAGUAAUAUUAGGCAUUCUGUGGUGGAAAGGCUGUUUUGAGGCAAAGGUCUCAAGGGAACAAGUCCUGAGGGGAUUAGACCUGCAGACCGGCUUUUUUACCUUCAGACAAAUGAAAGCUGCUACUAACAAUUUUGACGCUGCAAAUAAACUUGGAGAGGGUGGUUUUGGAUCUGUCUAUAAGGGCGUACUACUAGAUGGAACUAUAAUUGCAGUUAAACAGCUUUCUUCAAAAUCAAGGCAAGGAGACCGUGAAUUUCUGAAUGAACUAUCCAUGAUUGCUGGAUUACAACACCCAAAUCUUGUCAAGUUGUAUGGAUGUUGCAUUGAGGGAAAUCAGUUAUUGUUGGUGUAUGAAUACUUGGAAAAUAAUAGCCUUUACCGUGCUUUAUUUGGUCCCAACGAAAGCCGGUCGAAAUUGGACUGGCCUACUAGGCAGAAAAUUUGUCUUGGCAUAGCAAAAGGUCUCGCUUUCCUGCAUGAGGAAUCGAGUUUAAAAAUUGUUCAUAGAGACAUCAAAACUACCAAUGUGCUACUUGAUAUGGAUCUCAAUGCUAAAAUCUCUGACUUUGGUUUGGCAAAGUUUGAUGAGGAGGAAAACACCCAUAUUAGCACUAGAGUUGCUGGAACCAUAGGAUACAUGGCACCGGAAUAUGCAUUAUGGGGCUACCUGACCUAUAAAGCAGAUGUUUAUAGUUUCGGGAUUGUUGCAUUAGAAACUGUUGCUGGAAAGAAAAAUACAAGAUAUGGACCGGAGGAAGAUUUUGUAUGCCUCCAAGAUUGGGCACUUGUUUUACAACAAAAGGGAAAUUUGAUGGAGUUGGUAGAUUCAUCGUUGGGGGGCGAGUUCAACAAGGAAGAGGCGGUUAGAAUGAUAAAAGUAGCUCUAUUGUGCACUAAUCCAUCACCGGCACUUAGGCCUAACAUGUCUGAGGUGGUAAAAAUGCUUAAAGGUCGAACCCAUGUUCCUGAAUUAAUCAUGGAUCCCAGCAUCUUUGGUGAUGAGUUGAGGUUGGGAGCUCUAAGAGACCAAUUCAACCAGAUGCAACCUCGGAAGGGAGGUGAAAGUAGCACCUUUACUCACUCAUCAGAUUCCGGGGUAUUGCCAGGCUCUUCCUCAAUGUCUUUCUAGCUAGGAUCUAUCAAAUCAAUAUUGAUUCUCAGUAGUGUAAUAUAAAAGAUAGUAUUUGUAAAUUAUAUUUGGCUUCAAAAAUCAAAGAAAUCUGGGGUUUGUAUUACAUAAGGGUUGGAGAUUGGGAGGAAUGGUUAAUGUUGAAGGUCAUAAAGUUGUGUUACUUAUAUAUUUGCAUUCGAGAUGAGUGCAUCCAUUAUCAUGAAAACAUUGAAAAGAGUCAUAUUUA